UUUUGCUUCCUCGUCCACCCUCUCCGGCUGCACACCUGGCCCAGGCAGCUAGGAAUUCCAGCAGAAACAGAGUUGGGCACCCUCGUGGCUUCAUGAAUGUCUGGUCCAGGCAGCUGCACGCUGCAGAUUCACAGAGCCAGCUCUGAGAACUUUGCUGCCACGGCUAAUUUUGGGGGGACCCAGCUGGAGCAGAGGCUGGGCAGGGCCAGGCCUGACAAAAUGCCCCCUUUCCCACCCCAGCAAGGAUGGGCUCGGGGAACCUUCCUCCCCUUGUACAAUCCCCUGGCAGGGGGGGAGCUCGGCCCCCAGGGAGAAAUGGAGCUCACCUGGCAAGAAAUCCUCUCCAUCUCAGAACUGCAGGGCCUCGAGAUGCCAGUUGAAAGCUGCUAUGACCCUGCCUUAUGCGGCCAUGCACAACCCAUGGUGCCACCUCCCAGCUACGGGCCGUGCACCGAGAUGGGGGACAGUUCGAUUUCCUACAGCCAUCCUGCUCCACCAUACGAGCGCCCCUUCCCAGAAACUCUGCCAGGCCCUUGCACGGUCUACAGCUACACCGGCAUGCUGAUCUCGUCCUCCCUCGAGCCUCCUGGACCUGCCAUUCUGGGCGAAUGUAAAGGGGCACCAGGGAUGGUGUUGGAGAGGGACUUGGCCAGUUGCUAUGGACCACAAGCUCCCUGCAAGCCCCAAGAGGACUUGGAAUCAGACUCUGGCUUGUCCCUUAACUACAGCGAUGCAGAGUCCCUAGAGGCAGAGGGGCUGGAGAGGGCAGAGUAUGCGCCACUGUACCCUAUGUUGCCCCCUGUGCCAGAGUUGCCCUGUGCCAACCCACCCCUGGAACAUUCUUUGGAGAAAGGGCGGAGCCCACGUGGGGAGCUGGUUGGCAGUCGGGAUGAGCGGCGGGCCCUUGCCAUGAAUAUCCCCUUCCCAGUCGAAAAGAUCAUCAACCUGCCCGUGGACGACUUCAACGAGCUGGUGACACGCUUCCCCCUGAGCGAGCCUCAGCUGGCUCUGAUCAGAGACAUCCGCCGGCGCGGCAAGAACAAAGUGGCAGCUCAGAAUUGCCGCAAGCGCAAACUGGAGACCCUGGUUCACCUGGAGCGUGAGCUGGAGGAGCUGAGCUGCGAGCGGCAGCGGCUGCUACGGGACCGAGGAGAGUUUAACAGGACCCUGGCGCUCACCAAGCAGAAGCUGGGGGCUCUCUACCACCAGGUCUUUUGCAUGUUGCGCGAUGAAGCUGGCAACACUUACUCCCCUGAAGAGUAUGUGCUGCAGCUCGCUGCGGAUGGCGGAGUCUUCCUGGUACCGCGAAACAACCAGCCAGACAACCCGACUGACUGAGCAGAGCAGAUUCUGGCGAGAGCAAGUGCAGGGAUUGAAUAGACCCACUUGACCCAAAAUAAGCAACCCUCCACUGUUUUCAAGGAGACUCAAGGAGCCUCCACCUCAGGCUUUGAGGCUACCCAAAUAGAGGAGCACAUGGCAAAGGAAGGCAUAUACAUAUUUGUAACUGAACAAAUGCCAUUGCUUCUGAACUUAAAAGUGCUUAUGACUGUAUCUAGGCCGUUCUUUAAACACACAGCCAAUUUACAGAAUGGGGAGAGGGAAACAGGUCUGGGAGCUUGAAGAAGGCAACUAGAAUCUAUCCAAAGAACUAUUGACCUAGGUCCUAGCCAAACUAAUCACUUUUGUUAGCUUGACAUUAUUUGCUUCAUCCAAACACCAUUUCUAAGGUUAGUCUUUCACAGAGAUUGUUUACUGAAGGCAGUACAGUUGUA